AUGACGUCCACCAUCGGCAUCCCAAUCAAGCUCCUCAACGAAGCACAGGGCCACAUUGUCACCCUCGAAAUCACCUCGGGCCAAACCUACCGCGGGAAGCUCCUCGACGCCGAGGAUAACAUGAACGUGCAGCUGAAGGACAUUACCGUGACCGCUCGCGACGGCCGCGUCUCCCACCUCGAACAGGUCUACAUUCGCGGCUCGCACGUGCGCUUCUUCAUCGUCCCUGAUAUGCUGCGAAAUGCGCCCAUGUUCCGGAGCAGGAAUCUGCGCGGAAGGGGUGUUGGCUUGGCGAGGGGGAGAGCGACUGUUAGCAGGGCGCGGGCUGGUGGACGUCGAUAA